AUGGAAGUUUCCAGUGUUUAUAUAACCCCACAAAGAAAAUCGAGAAAUCUAGCUACAUCUAGCAGCUCAGAAGAAUCGUCACCCCAAGGAAAAAAGUUGAGACAUUCGUACUCUCCUGACUCAAAGAACUCAGAUGACGAAGACCAAGUAAUGGCGACUCUGAAUCUCACAGAAGGUGUUACAAAGAAACUGGACCUAAUUUUAGAAAGGCUCAGCAAACUAGACUCGAAGAUGGAGGAAUUGAACAAAACUGUCAAAGGUUUACAAGGCAAAGUUUCCUCUCUCGAAAUAGAUGUUGUUUCAAUUAAAGAUAAGCAGAAGAGUCUUGAUAACAAAUUCACACAUGUAGAGAGCAAUUCCAAAUUUGUAGACAGCCACAUUAAAGAGCUUCAGGAGAUGGUGGAAGAAAGAAAAGAUGUAAUUAGUGCCUGUCGUAAACAAAUUCUGUAUCUCGAAGCGUACAGCCGCAGAGAGAAUUUAAAGUUCGAAGGAAUUCCUGAAUUGCCAAAAUUGUCCGGUCAACAGAAUGCAACAUCGAAGGAGGACACGAAAGAAGUCUUAGCUAACUUUAUGGAAAAUGUCCUUGAGAUUGAAGAUGCCAAGGAUAUGGAACUCCAGCGAGUACAUAGGAUUGGCAAACCGAAGAGUGAAAAUGGAAAUGGCAGCCGAACCAUCAUAGCUCGUUUUCUGAGAUUCUCGGACAGGAGAACAUGUUUUUAA